AUGAGCUUAAUUACUAUAAGAAGUGUUAAUUGUGCCUGGUCGGAUACAGUCCCAUUGCGUUUCGCGUGGGCCUGCAUCCGUCGGCCGCCAUCUUGGUUGCCGCUGGGGCGUGGUCACAAGGACUAUGGACAUAAUGGGAACAAAUACCUUGGCUGCAAGAAAACCUCUGUAGCUAUUCUCUACCAAGAAAACAUAAUAUCGAGCCUUGAUUUCGAGUUGCGGCUGCGCCAUGGCACCCAAAGCAUAGGUAAAUGCACGGAAGCUAGACUACUUGAAACUGAAACGGUACCAAAAGCAGUAAAUAAAGUUACUACAUCAUUAGGUGUGUCUAUGGUCUGUCUUCACCGCAUAGUGAGACGUGCUCGCGUGCUGUGCCUUCUCCGCCUGCUCGCUGUCUUCGCGUGUGACGACCUUCAGCCUGUUCGCUGUUUGUGUGUCCGCUUCCAGUCUUCACGGUGUCUACGUGAGUGUCGAUUUGUCCGCUCGCUGUCAACGGGAGCGAGUACCUCCACCCUGCUGGCUAGCUUCGCGAGCACCUACUUUCACCCUAGUGGGUUUCUACGGAUGGAUGUCUACGCGUGCGUCUACCUCCAACUUGCCAGCUUUCUUCUCGAGCGCCUACUUCCAGCCUGCCGGCUGUCGUCGCGAUCGCCUACUUCCAGCCUACCGGCUGUCUUCGCGAUCGCCUACCUUCAGCCUGCUGGCUGUCUUCGCGAUCGUCUACCUUCAGCCUGCUGGCUGUCUUCGCGAUCGCCUACCUUCAGCCUGCUGGCUGUCUUCGCAAUCGCCUACCUUCAGCCUUCUGGCUGUCUUCGCGAUCGCCUACCUUUAGCCUGCAAACUGCCUACGCGAGCGCCUAUCUCUAAUCUGCGGACUGUCUACGCGAGUGGCGACCAUCAGGCUGUCUACGGCCAGUGA